AUCCAAGCCCCAGAUGGGGAGAAAAAGAUGACAGUGAUCCGGAGGAACCUCCUGCACUCUACGUCUACAAGUCCAGAGAUGAGGUUCUUUCCAUGCCAGAAAAAGUCACCGGGACUUGUUCAAAAUGGGCGAGGCCAUGGCGGCAAAGACACACAAAUCACACCUACAAAAGACACACCACCACCAACUACCGACAUGGCCGCGCGACAGGACGACGGGAUCCUCCGCACAUGGCAUUACAGCCACUUGGAAUAUGACCCCACUCCGCCCCCGAACCACUGGGGCACGAUACGUAAAGCCGACCACGCCCUCCACCUGGACAGUAUCGUCGACAUUGUCGUGGCGGCAACGCCCGACAUACCCGUCAUGACGUUCCGCAACCCACACAUCGGCAAGAGCCCUGCGCAUGCCGCCGCCUACCGAGCCACAACUCGCCGGCGCUACCUCGGUGAUCUCCUUCAGAGAUACGUCGAGUCCGGGCACGUGCUCGUGUUUGUGCUCCCUGGCGGCAACGAAGUCGUCGGCUUGGCCGUCUGGUCGUACCAUAACGCUUCGGUUGACAGCGAGCUGGGCAGUGGAGACGUGACAAUCCCCAGGGAGGAGCUCGUUGAGCUGAAGGAAACGAUGGACAAGCGACAGCGUAAUGGUGGUGGUGUCGACAAUAAAGCGGGGGAUGCGUUCCGCGACGCGGUCUUUAGGAUGUACAAUGUGCGGUGCCAAGAUAGCCUUGCCAAAGGUGGCAUCCAACCCAUGAUGCUGUGGCUGCGGAUGCUGUGCGUGCACCCGGACUAUCGAGGCAGAGGCAUCGGCGCGGCCUUGGUGGGUGAGGGGAUUCGGCUGCAACGAGGCGACAGGCACGCGAAGUGGGCGGCGCUCUACAGCAGUAGUGACGCGGCGGCAAGACUGUACAGGCGGCUCGGGUUCCGGGACCACGGCGGGUUUGAAAUCAAGCUAGGGGAACUGGAUGAAGUGGACAGGCAGGAGAAGCUCGAGGUGCGGAUCAUGGCCAAGAAGAUCCAGCAGGAAGAGUCGGCGGUUGAGCUGAGGGGCGUCGAGCUGAUUAACCCAUGCAAGGUGCACAUUCCUACGGCUGCACAGCUUGAGAAGUGGGGGGUUACUGACUGGCACAACCUCGUGGUAGAUGGUCUGCCAUGGGAUGGUGUUGUCAGUCAAAUUGCAACGCGUCGAUAA